UCAAGGACGUUCACCUCUUUUAUAGUCCCGUAUCGUGCACUUGUCGAAACAAAAGUAUAAAACAAUGUGUACAUUAAGUAUUUUUUUAAAAACAAAUAAUUAAGCAGUGCGUCACAAACAGCGUUUUAAUUGUUUUGUAACUAAAUAAUUUUGUUUGAAAAUUACAAGAGCAAGCAGAAACUCCGUGUAAAAAUGUUGAAAGCAAUAUUAUUGUUGGCCAUCACGGCUCAUUUCAUUUACACUACUGUAGCUGUAACAGAUGAUUGCACGGGUGCUAAUGAAGAAUAUAUCGACUGCUAUAAAGGAUGUACUCCCCAAACCUGCGCAUAUAUCGGGAAAAAAGUGAACUGUCCACUCGAACCAGCAGACUGCGUCGGCGCAUGCAGAUGCAAAUCAGGAUAUGUUGAGAUCGAUAAUACAUGUACUCCUGUGACACAAUGUACUAGCUGUGGAGGUGAUCCUAAUGCAAGACCUGGGUGUGGAACAAACUGUGGAAGACUGUGCUCCAACUACCAAAACCACGUGAUUUGUCCAAGAUAUCAAUGCGACAAUACUGGCUGUGACUGCAAAGACGGUUAUGUUUAUGAUACUGAUGCCCAGCAAUGUGUUCUCCCCGAUGAUUGCCCUAAAACUAUUAAGGCAGCAGCUGAUGCCGAAGCUUGAAAAAAUCUCAUUUUACGAACACCUAACUUUUGAGAACUGUUCUGAUGUUGAUACUUUAUUAUAUGUAUGUCAUUUCAAUAUUCAGCAAUAAAAUACUUUUGUGAAUUUGUAA